UGGGUGAUACGCCUAGACCAGGUUCACAGUAUCUUAUCGCCUGCAUAUGGGAAACAUUAUUAGGCUACGCCGAGCUGCAUUGCGAAGGGGCUUCGUGUUGAAAAAUCCGACACUCCGCAAACCGCCAUGUAACACCGAAGAGGAAAGAGCCCGAUGUUGUCUCCCUUUCCUCCGCUCUUAUUUGGCUUCUAUUCAAAUUUGGGUCAGGGGUGAGAAAGCCCAACGUCACAAGCUUGCAACAUGGCGUCCCGAAGCCUGUGAGAUGAGCAAGAGGAUGGUAAAUUGAGAACGAUUCUACCGAUGUAAAAAGGUGUUGCCUGUGUAGGAAGAGAGAGAAAAGGAAGGUGGAAAUGGAACUGCCAAAUCAUGCCAAACAAAUACUACUGCAACUCAACCAGCAGAGGGCUAAGGGCUUCCUGUGUGACGUCAUCAUCGUGGUGGAGAACGCUCUGUUCCGAGCCCACAAGAACAUAUUAGCAGCCAGCAGUAUCUACUUCAAGUCCCUGGUUCUCCACGACAACCUCAUCAACCUGGACACAGAAAUGGUGAAUCCCUCUGUUUUCCGACAAGUCCUGGACUUCAUCUACACGGGGAAGCUCCUGUCCUCAUUGGACCAGAGUAGUGAGCAGAACUACAGUGCCCUCUUGACCGCAGCCAGCUACCUCCAGCUCCAUGACCUCGCCGCGAUGUGCAGGAAGAAGCUCAAGCGAAGCGGCGGCAAGCCUCUGCCGGGUAAACUCUCCACCUCGGGUCCGCUCAGCCGACUGCGCCUCAACAACGAGCACCUCUCGUCCUCCACCCUCACCGCCUCCCACAACCACUACAUCCUCGCCCCCUCCGACGCAGACCAGCCACAGCCCGAUGACGGCCUCCGGGACAAGCUCUCGGAUGAUGAGAUGUUCAUCGGGAGCACCGCCGGGAAGAAUGGGACCUGCGGGAGUGGUAGUAAUGGAAACCUCAGUAACGGUUUGAGCGGCAGGGAGACAGAUCUCGGGCUGGACCUGUCCAAGAAGAGCCCUCCAUCGGCGUGUACCACAACAGACGCACUCAGCCCUCACAGCAACUCCCAGGGUUCCCCUCAAUCUGCCUCAGUAUCCACAACCAACAGUGCCUCACUGGAUGAUUCCACCAUCACUCUGCCCGGUUUGGACACCACCGGCCCAGAGCCCAUGGAGCUCAUACCCACCCCCAAAGCCCCUGAAAACAGUCAGGCCCAUCCAGACGCUCCCCCACCUCGCAAGAGCUCCCGCCAGGUAGCCCGCAAGAAGGAGUGGCCCAAGAGAGAGGCUUCUGGUCUGAAGGCUGAGGAUCGUGACCCGCCCCUGGUCAAUGGUGUGAUUGUGGGACCUAAAGAGGGCCGCUCAUCCAGUGGCAUAGGUGGGGACAGCAGGUGCAGCUUUCCCUCAGACCAGUCCUUCCAGUGUAAAGAGGAGGAGGAAGGAGGGGAGAAUGGGCAGGAGCACAGUGACCAGAGCGGGCAUAGUGAUGGAGAGAGUGGAGGAGGAGGGCACCACAGCGCCAACUAUGUGUACCGGCAGGAAGGGUUUGAGCCAGCGUUUGGGGACAACUUGUAUGUGUGCAUCCCCUGUGGGAAGGGCUUUCCCAGCUCGGAGCAGCUCAACGCCCAUGUGGAGACGCACACAGAGGACGAGCUCUACAUCAAAGAGGAGGGAGGGGCCUUUGUGAAAGAGGAAGAGGCUGAGGACCUCUCGGCCCCCGUGGCUCCCACCACAUUCGGCAUCUCCGAGCCACGGCCCUUCAAAUGUACCGUAUGCAGUAAGAGCUACAAAGACCCGGCGACCCUGAGACAGCACGAGAAGAGCCACUGGCUGACCCGACCCUUCCCAUGUAACAUCUGCGGGAAGAUGUUCACCCAGAGAGGCACUAUGACGCGCCACAUGCGGAGCCACCUGGGCCUGAAACCAUUUGCAUGCGAUGAGUGUGGCAUGCGCUUCACACGCCAGUACCGGCUGACGGAGCACAUGCGCGUCCACUCGGGAGAGAAGCCGUACGAAUGCCAGUUGUGCGGUGGAAAGUUCACCCAGCAACGCAACCUCAUCAGCCACCUGAGAAUGCACACCUCACCCUCCUAAAACACAACAUCAAGCCAAAGAAUGCUUUUUCAUUUUUUCCCCACCUCACAACCAAACAAAUGCACAUGUACACUCAUGCAGAAACACAGGUACACACUCUCUCUCUCUCUCACACACACACACGUAAACAUAGAUGUCUAUACACAACCACCUGGCUUAGUGUGUGUAGUGGUUGUCCAGAGUCAGCAUGUGGCAGGAUGGUCAUGGAAAACAACCCCACCUCUGGAAGUCUAGAUGGGCAGUGUACCUCCCCUUCCCCCCUCUCUCUGAAGUCACCUAUGGUGGGUGUGAGGGCAUGGACCGGUGGUUGUUUCUCUUAGAUCUUGUAAAUGUGAAUGGGGUACUGCUGUAACCUCAGGCCCACCUCAUGCCUCUCAGUCCUAAUACACCCUCAACACCUUUACUUGGGAGUAUUUAGGCCUUUGACUUUUUCAAACUGAUCCCUUCUGGGGGUAUUCAGGGUUCCCUCUAUACUCCAACCUCAUUAGUCAAACAACUACGCCAUUCCUCCUUUUAAUUUAGACAGGUCUAAUAUUAUUCACUCUGUCAAUGAUGUACACUACAGGCAAUAAUUUCAAAGAAUGUGUUUUUGUUGUAACCAAACAGCAGCUACUGUAUAUGUCCAAUGCUAAUGUGAGUGAACCUGGAGAUAGUAGGGAUGUCUGCAUUAGGGUGGAGGGAUGUUGUUGGUCAUAUCCAUGCUUUACCUAAAAGUUUUAUGUCUGAGUUUCCAGAUGAGGGGCUCAAUUUAAUUUACUCCAGACACACACUCACCUUAAAGUCUCCACUCUACAGCUGGUCUCUGAGUAAGAGAAAGAGGGGAGGUGGGGUUAGUCAUUUUGCCCACGAAAGCUCAUCCUGGGAUACAAAAAAACUAAAUGGAGGUACUUGUUUUACUCAAAGAACCUGUAAUGUUUCUGUGAAUGUUUAAACUGGAAGGUCUUCGGAUGUUUCUUCUUGGGGAAGGGGGAUAUGGGGUGA